AUGAAUGAAGCGAGACUCUCAGCUAAUGACAAGUUUGUAUUAGUCACUCUUAUUGAUUUUGAUUUUUUUAUAAAUUCAGAAUUCGUGCUCGUACAAGGCAGAACCAUGGCACUGUCACCUAAUCCUCUAGAUUUAAUCAUAAUAAACAGAGGUGCACAUGCUGGAGACGGACUGUGGGAUCAACCCCAAUCAUCAUCAGCAGCACCACAACCAUCACCACUACCGCCGACACCUCAUGAAACAAAUACUAGGAAUGUAUAUGGGUAUGUAUCCCCCAUAUAUAGUUGUCAAACUACAGAAGCUACCAAGCUGUGCAUUUAUGAAGCCUGCAAAAAAUUAAAAGACUCCGAUGAAUUUCAUAUUGGAGGCACUUACUCAGGGACCGAACCAGAGUUUUGGUUCCACUAUACAACAUCAUAUUGCCACGGAAAUAAUCACUUACUCAAUCUAUUCGUCUACCAUAGAAAAGCUGGCAAUUUCUCCGUACAAGUGUCUGACUCAAACCAACUCACUCUAAAGAAGGUUCUGGAAGAUGAUGUACCACAUGUGGAACUUCCGAGUACUCUGACAGCAAGCAAAAUAUUUAGAUCUACAAAGCCCAAUCAAAAUUAUUACUUAAAAACAUACUGCUUCAACAAAGAACUUGAUAGUUUUAAUCCAUCAAGCACACUCAUAAUACCCAUAAAAAUUGUAGUGGAUCCCAAGUAUGUUUUAAAUGAGAAUAUUGUCAAUUCAAUGAAAUUGCAACACGAUUUGAGUGCACUCUUAACAAAACAAGAAAAGACAGACUUCACUCUUGAAUCUGCUACUCAUAAGCAGUUCCCAACUCAUAAGAUUCUUUUAGCUGCUCACAGUUCUGUCUUGAGGAAUAUGAUUAAGAGCUCAAAGCUUAAGUCUCUGUUUAUAGAUAUAAGUGAUAAUGAUAUGGAAUUACUUCUGGAAUUUAUAUACACCGGCACUAUCAAGAAUGUGAUGAAACAAGACUGUUUGAAACUAUUAGAGAUAGCAGAUAAAUUUCAACUCAAACCACUGUUCAUGUUGACCCAGCACACUAUUGGAGAUCAGAUAACGAUCGGCAAUGCUGUUGAAGUUGCUGUUAUAGCCAAGAAUACCCUCCCGUCAAGCGUGGCUAAUCAAGGCACGAAAAGGAAAAUGAGCAGCUCGGAGGAGGUAUCAUGGAUUUCAUGGUUCUGCGGGCUGCGGGGGAACGAGUUCUUCUGCGAGGUGGACGAGGAUUAUAUAAAUGAUAAAUUCAACUUGACGGGACUCAAUGAGCAAGUGCCACAUUAUAGACAAGCUUUGGACAUGAUAUUGGAUUUGGAGCCUGAUGAUGACCUUGACGACAACCCUAACCAGUCUGAUCUGGUGGAGCAGGCUUCCGAGAUCCUAUAUGGACUUAUACAUGCACGAUAUAUUUUAACCAAUAGAGGGAUUGGACAAAUGUUAGAGAAAUUCCAAACUGGUGAUUUUGGUCACUGCCCUCGCGUUUAUUGUGAAUGUCAAACCAUGCUUCCACUUGGUCUAUCAGAUGUACCCGGCGAGGCGAUGGUUAAGCUGUACUGCCCACGCUGCAUGGACGUGUACACGCCCAAGUCCUCGCGACACCACCACACCGACGGCGCCUACUUCGGCACUGGUUUCCCGCACAUGGUGUUUAUGGUACACCCGGAAUACAGGCCUAAACGACCUGCAUCGCAGUUUGUGCCUAGGUUGUACGGUUUCAAGAUCCACCCGCUCGCGUACCAGAUCCAACAGCAAGCGGCGGCUAACUUCAAGGCGCCGCUGAGGAGUCUCUCGUACAACAACGAAACGAAGACUUCCAGUAACAUUCCAAAAUGA